GGAGGAAGGUCGCCGCCUGGGCGCAAUCCGGCGGGCGGCCUGGGGGAAGAGGGCGGCGAAGCCAUGCGCGCCGUGGUCACGUCCGCGCCCAACGCGUCCUGGUGGGCGCCGGCCAACGCGACGGUCUGCCCGGGCUGUGGCGCCGACGCCUCCGACGGCCGGGCCCCUGUGCCGCGGCCGGUGGACGCCUGGCUUGUGCCGGUUUCCUUCGUGGCGCUGAUGCUGCUCGGGCUGGCAGGGAACUCGCUCGUCAUUUUCGUCAUCUGCCGCCACAAGCAGAUGCGGACGGUGACCAACUUUUACAUAGCCAACUUGGCGGCCACGGACGUGACCUUCCUGUCGUGCUGCGUGCCCUUCACGGCCCUGCUCUACCCGCUGCCCGCCUGGGUGCUGGGCGACUUCAUGUGCAAGUUCGUCAACUACAUGCAGCAGGUCUCGGUGCAGGCCACGUGCGCCACCCUGACGGCCAUGAGCGUGGACCGCUGGUACGUGACCGUGUUCCCACUGCGCGCCCUGCGCCGCCGCACACCCCGCCUGGCUCUGGCGGUCAGCCUCGGCAUCUGGGUGGGCUCGGCCACCGUGUCCGCGCCGGUGCUCGCCCUGCACCGCCUCUCGCCCGGGCCGCGCACCUACUGCAGCGAGGUCUUCCCCAGCCGGGCCCUGGAGCGCGCCUUCGCGCUCUACAACCUGUUGGCGCUCUACCUGCUGCCGCUGGUCGCCACCUGCGUCUGCUACGGGGCCAUGCUGCGCCACCUGGGCCGCACCGCCGUGAGCCCCGCGGCCGCCGAGGGCGCCCUGCAGGGCCGGCUGCUGGCAGAGCGGGCUGGCGCCGUGCGGGCCAAGGUCUCGCGGCUGGUGGCCGCGGUGGUCCUGCUCUUCGCCGUCUGCUGGGGCCCCAUCCAGCUGUUCCUGGUGCUGCAGGCGCUGGGCCCGGCGGGCGCCUGGCACCCGCGCAGCUACACCGCCUACGCGCUCAAGAUCUGGGCGCACUGCAUGUCCUACGGCAACUCGGCGCUGAACCCGCUGCUCUACGCGUUCCUGGGCUCCCACUUCCGGCAGGCCUUCCGCCGGGUCUGCCCCUGCGCCCCGCGGCGGCCCGCCCCCGCCGCCCCCCCGACGGAGCUGCGCCGCCUGGCCCCCGAAGCCCGGGAGAGUGCGGGUGUCCUGAGGGAGCGUCCGGCCCCAAUCCGGGCGGAUUCUGCGGGGAGAGAGCUGGGCCCCUGUGGGACAGGUGCCGUUUGA